AUGCGCGCCACAACAGGAAAGUUUCCAGAACGCCGCGGGAAUCGGUCGGGAACAGCUUCUGGCGGCAUUCCCGCCUCUCCGGGGUUUCUCUCCUUAUCUUGCCAAGGUUCCCUCCGGGGCCCCCAUGUCCGCCAGGCCUCGCAUGACCGCGAUCACCGCAAUGGCACGAUCACCUCACCCCGGGCUGAUAUGGCGUGGCGUGGACUGGCCUGGCCCGUUCAGGAAGGUCGAUCGUUGCUGGGGAUCGCAGUCCCCGUGCCGGUGGCAGUUCGAAUUGUGGUGCUGGCUGGCACUGUGGCACUGUGGAACUCCAGCCGUUUCGGCAUACAGUCGUGUGCAGACCGUCCACCGUUCCGCGUGUCUAUAUCGGGUCGUCCUGUAACUCUGCUGUAA